AUGAUAUAUUGAAAACAAUUGCAUCACCACAUUUUGACGAUGAUGUGGUUUAUUGCAAUGAAAGUAUGGAUGAUGUUUUAUUCCAGAUGAAUACGAAAACCCCAAAUGACGAAGAUAAAAAAGAGGCCAGCAAGAUUAGAAUGAGCGUCCACAAAGUUGCCACCUACCACAAGAUACCAAUCUGGUGGUUUAUUCUCCAGAGAAUCCUUGAAGCCUUGGCAGAAAAAUUGAACAGAAAGGUCCUCACCAAAGAAGAAUGUGUCCACGUCUCAAACGUUCUGGGGUUUACUGAAGGAGAGCUUGAAGCUGCACUAUCCUUUCUUGACAAACUGAACAUUUUUCUGUACAAGAAAAUGAUUCUCCCUGAUUUAAUAUUCACUGAUGCUCAGGUGCCUUUGGAUAAGUUGUCGGCUCUUGUUGAAAAACAGUAUUGCUUGAAAGUGGCCGAGAAAGCCCCAGCAAAAGCUAUGGAUGUAGCAACAAGUGGCUGCAAGGCAUUUAGAGACAAAGGAAUUGUCACUGUUGAGUUUCUGAAAGAGUUUAAAAAGCACUAUGCGAAUGGAAUAUUCACCGCAAACCACUUUAUAACUCUACUUGAAAAGCUGCUCAUUGUUUCAAAAUUGUCAAAAACCAAAUACUUUUUUCCAGCAAUUCUGAAUUGCACCAGAGAAUCUCAAAUAAUAGAUAGUCUCACCGCCUCAGAUAUAUCGCCACUGGUGGUGUGGUUCCCCACAGGCUGGGCUCCUCCUGGUGUCUUCUGCUGCAGUGUGUGCCACCUUCAGACACAGGCUGGCUGGGAAAUCAAAAAGCCAACAAAACGUGACACCGAAGCAUCAGAAGAAACACCAGUCAACUAUAUCUCACGUAAUUCUAUCACGUUCACAAAGCGUGGCAAGCUUGGCUCAGUGACAUUAAUCGACAACUUCUCAUUCUUUGCCGUCUGUGUAAACGUUGAUAUCAGAAAGAUAAGUGGUGAAAAGUUAGUCAGACACUGCAAGGCUAUCAAGUCUGAGGUGUUUGAUGCAGUCAAAGCAGGUCUACGCAACACUCACCAUGCAGACACUUCCCCAGAGCCUGCAUUUGUCUGCCCAGCUCACCAGAAUGUAAUUAGUAGCAUAGAGCUACAUGUGGCCCACAUCUCGACAGACACAAAUUGCUUGAUAUGUGAUGAGGAUACAGAUAUAUCUUAUGAUCUCUCUCCACGUCAGACUGUGUGGCUUGGUGGACCAGGACCAGAGGUACCGCAACCCCAACUAGUAGUUAUUCAGGAUCGUACCCAAAAGGCAGACAUUGGUGAAGCCAGUCUGUCAUUCGUUCCAGUUGAAACAUCAGAGAGGCAGGAGUCUGACACAAUAAGUAAUACAAAGAGCAGUGGCAAAGUUUCAGGAAAUGUUGCCAUGGGAGACCUGAUAAAGCUAUCAACUUCUAAAGGGCGAUGCAUAAGGAUCUUGGAAAGAAGUGCAAUGAAAUACCGAGACAUUGGAACCAUCCUUCUGAAAAGAUGACACUGGGGCAAUAGUCACGAGUAUACAACAAACGGCACUAGGUAAUCCAGUUGAGGCUGUCAGGAUGAUAUAUGAAAGAUGGAUACAAGAAAAUGAGGACCACUCAUGGAAGAAACUGGCCCUGUGUUUCGGAGAUGUUCAACUGAACCCUCUUGCCAGAGAUAUCGAGCAACACUUUGGAUUUCCUUCACCUUCUGAUCGAGUGACACAGGUGAUGGACGUACCAGAGAGAGAUACCUCUCAAGACCAACAGUUCUCCAAAGAAAAAGAUGUGCCGGCAAUGUCUCUAGCCAACCCACAGGACGCACUCAUUCAUCAAAACAGAGACACAGAGCAUCAAGCGAUGGGUCUCAAGGCCAGAACAAUUGGAAGUCAACGAGACUGUCACUCCAAUGGAUACAGCAGCUUCCCACCACGAGCUAAGACAGGAAUGAAACGAAAAAGGGAGGCAGAACCUUCAAAUCCAAGAAAAGAUCGGCAGAUGAGUGAUCAAUGAAAAGGACACACUAUUCAAGAGUCACAGAAUCAGACUUGGUUUAUUGCUGCCCUCACAUGUCUGUCUUAUUAUCAUCCAAGAACAAGAGCGUUCUUAUUCUAUUGUAAACAUGAGUCUGACAGAAUCAACAUUAUGCAAAUCAUCUGCACAUGCUCAAACAAACACACAUUAAUGCAUGUCCAGUCUCAUCAAAGACCGAGAGAGGAGAGGGGAAACCCCUCCCCCACAUGUUGUCCCAAGAGAGGGAGGAAGGAGA